GUCUAGCGAUUCGGAUGUGCAGCCAAGAUGGCAGCGGCGCAGAAGACCGUCACCCAAGCUCCCCCGGUGCAGGCGUGGUUCAACGCCACGUGCGGAGGUCAAAGGCACCGCCGAGUCGCCGCGCUGCUGCACAUGAGGCUCUACUGGGGCAAGCACGCCGAGGUGCUCUUCCCGGGCUGGCCCGGAAACAACGCCGCAAUGUACGCCUUGGCUCUGGUCUUCGUCUUCGUCUUGUCUCUGCUCGUCGAGUGGCUCUCCCACAGCGACUGGUUCAAGCCCCAACCCCACCGCGUGUCCAAGAAUUUGCUCCUCACCGCGGUCCACGCCGUCCGGUUUGGGCUCGUGUACAUGGUGAUACUCGCCGUCAUGUCCCACAACGGCGGCGUGUUUUUAGCCGCCGUUCUGGGACAUGCCGUCGGGUACUCUUUCACCGGUGGUCGCCGUCUACUCAACGGUCGCCGGUGAAGUGGCGGAAUUUCGUUCCGGGCAGAUGAAAAAUAAAGAGCAUCAUUUUCUUUGUUCUUUGUUUUAUUUUUACUAUCAAUUUCCUCAUUUUUUCGUUAGAAGUAGCAUUCAAUAAAUGAGCGUUUCUUCUGGGCUUUACAACACGAAAUUGGGAAACUCAAGCCCAUCGGACUUGGCCCAAUAACAGAAAACUUGAAACUGGUCACGGCCCAGGCACAAGCCACCACCAUGAAAAUCUCCAACUGUUAAUCCUAUGUUGUUUUAUUACUAUUGUUAACAUUAUUUCCAAAACGCACCCCUUGUAUGUGACUUAAUUGAUCAAAAUAUAUA